CGUACUAAGUACCACGAGCGGGCCACAAUGACUGUAACGAAGGUCGUGGAUCGGGUCCAGUCUUCAGGGACACUGCACAGAUAGAUUCGAAGACAGGACAGACGUGUCAUACGGUGUCUGAAGACUUGGAGGAGACGUACCUGCAUGGCUUAGCUCUCGAAGAGCCGGAGUGCUGGUCAAAAUAUCCCAGAGAUUCGACGGGAUAGAAAGCUUGCGCUCUUGCUAGGCCAAAAAAUGAGAAUGUCUACACAGUAUGCGCAGGAUUUCAACCCGCAUUUACAAAGCAAUCACACACCAACCCACACAUCAACAACAGCGUCCAUGGCCGCCCAUGUGCACCUCACACACCCUCCCCCUCCCACAAAAUCACUCGCGAAGAGCGAACAAAGGCAAAAAAUUCGAUGGACCACGACAGCCCAAGAGCAGUCUGAAUCGAGUUUCGCUCCCGUCACGCCAAAAGGUGAACGGUUCAACGCGAGCCGCGAAGUGAACUGAAGGAUACGCCCUUCUUCCUGUCGAACGAUCGUCCCACCUAUGCCUCCGCCCCUGCUUCUUGCGCCUGCCCCGGGACAUCCGAGCCCAACAGGCUCUCACCAAUAACACACGAAAAGUCCUAAAGGCUUGAACCCGAAAGGCUGUCUACCCCAGGGCAUCUUUAUAUCAGGCCCAGCGACAGUCUCGUUUUGAGGCUGUCAAACUGGUUCAUUGAAGCGCACCGAGCCGGCGCUGGCGGUGCGAGGCACGAAUACGGGGGCGUUGGAGAGGACAAGGACACGAACGAAAGCACGACGAAGAAGAUAGACCAUAGAUCGAACCGUCGACACGAAGGAAGCGGUUGAAAGGUCCAGGACGUACCCAGUGUCAAAAACCCUCGGCACAUUUCAACAACACCCCACCUGCGCAACUCCCUCCCCAGUUUGUGUGCUCAAGGCAUCGGAUCUUCGGGUGACCGUACGGUCAUAAGCUGCUAGGAUUCCCUCCUAGGAUUGGAAGGGCGUGAUAUUUCUGGUAUGCCGCUCGGGUCGUUAAACACCGGGUCCU